AUGGGGAAAUUGGGCUAUCUGGCUUUGAAAUCCGACCAAGCAGGGCUGGAAUUGAUCUCUUCUGACUUUAAGGAUUUGGGAAAUGCGGCCAAGAAGUUGGCUAAUCAUGCCAUCACUCUUGGUGGCCUUGGAUUUGGAACCUCCUUUCUGAAAUGGCUGGCUUUUAUUGCUGCUGUUUACUUGUUGAUCUUGGACCGAACCAACUGGAAGACCAACAUCCUCACAUCCCUUCUCAUCCCUUACAUUUUCUUGACCCUUCCAACUAUAUUGUUCCACUUGUUCAGGGGAGAAGUUGGGAAAUGGAUUGCUAUCAUUGCUGUCACUCUACGCCUCUUCUUCCGAGAACGUUUUCCAGAUUGGCUAGAGCUUCCGGGUGCAUUGAUUCUUGUAAUCGUGGUGGCUCCUGACCUGUUUGCCGACACCAUUAGAGGCGAUUGGAUUGGCCUUAUAAUUUGCUUGGGAAUUGGGUGCUAUUUGCUUCAAGAACACAUCAGAGCAUCUGGCGGGUUCAGGAAUUCCUUCACCAAAACCCAUGGUAUUUCCAACACUGUCGGAAUCAUCCUGCUGUUAGUUUAUCCAGUCUGGGGCCUUAUUCUCUAUCUGUUAUAA